UAUUGGGAAGGAGUGCCAUAAAAGUUUCACAAACGCAACCGUCUGGGCUGGUGGUGUGAUGUAGUGAAGCUUAAGGCAAAAUGAUAGUGGUUGUUGCUGUCGUUGCAGUUACCUGCUACUACUUCUAUGCACACCCCAGCCGCUAAUUCCCCAACUACCCCUCCCUUUCUCUCUCUCUCUCUCUCUCUACCAUUGUCUGAGCUUCUCUAUCUCUUUCUCUGUCUGCUCCUCUGGUUGCUCUAUCGCUUUCUAGUCAUAGGAAUUCUUGGACAAUGAGAACGUGUUUCCACGGGAAUUGAUCUUUCCGGGACUGCUUAUCACUCUCUUUCUCUCUCUCUAUUUCUGAAUUUUCUCAAGGAUUGUUCGCUCUCUUUCUCGAGCUAGCUGCUUCCUAUGGAAGCCGGGGAAGAUUGCUGUGUGAAAGUAGCGGUUCACAUCCGACCGCUCAUCGGCGAUGAGCGGCUCCAAGGGUGUAAAGACUGCGUCACUGUCGUCCCCGGGAAGCCUCAGGUGCAAAUUGGCACACAUUCCUUUACCUUUGAUCAUGUCUACGGAAGCACUGGUUCUCCCUCAUCUGACAUGUUUGAAGAAUGUGUUGUUUCACUUGUUGACGGUCUUUUCCAAGGAUAUAAUGCUACAGUUCUCGCUUACGGUCAGACAGGUUCUGGUAAAACAUAUACCAUGGGCACUGGCUUCAGAGAUGGUUGCCAAACAGGAAUAAUCCCUCAAGUUAUGAAUGUUCUGUUCAGCAAGAUGGAAACUCUGAAGGGUCAAACCGAAUUCCAAUUGCAUGUUUCCUUUAUUGAGAUUCUGAAAGAAGAAGUACGAGAUUUGCUGGAUACCGCUUCUUUGAACAAAACAGAGACUGCAAAUGGGCAUGCAGGGAAAGUUCCUAGUCCUGGGAAACCACCCAUACAAAUUCGUGAAACAUCGAAUGGUGUAAUUACAUUGGCAGGUUCCACCGAAGUCAGUGUAAGUACGCUUAAGGAAAUGGCUGCUUGCCUGGAACAAGGAUCAUUGAGUAGGGCAACUGGGAGUACAAAUAUGAACAACCAGUCAAGUCGUUCUCAUGCCAUAUUCACCAUCACAUUAGAGCAAAUGCGCAAGCUCAGUCCAGUUGUUCCUAGUGAUAGCAGUCUUAAUGAGUCAAUGAAUGAAGAAUAUCUAUGCGCCAAGUUGCAUUUAGUAGAUCUUGCUGGAUCAGAGCGAGCUAAAAGAACAGGCUCUGAUGGUCUGCGUUUUAAGGAAGGCGUUCACAUUAACAAGGGCCUUCUUGCACUUGGUAAUGUCAUCAGUGCACUUGGAGAUGAGAAAAAGCGCAAAGAAGGUGUUCACGUUCCUUACAGAGACAGUAAACUUACUCGCCUUUUGCAGGAUUCACUUGGUGGUAACAGCAGAACUGUUAUGAUAGCCUGCAUUAGUCCUGCGGAUAUCAAUGCUGAAGAAACCCUUAACACUCUAAAGUAUGCAAAUCGUGCUCGCAACAUCCAAAAUAAGCCUGUUGUCAAUAGAGAUCCCAUGUCCAAUGAGAUGCUAAAAAUGCGUCAACAACUAGAGUAUUUGCAGGCUGAGCUCUGUGCUCGCACAGGAGGAUCUUCAUCUGAUGAAGUACAGGUUCUCAAGGAAAGGAUUGCUUGGCUUGAAGCUGCUAAUGAGGAUCUUUGUCGGGAACUUCAUGAAUACCGCAGCAGAUGCACUGGUGCUGAACAAUAUGAAACAGAUGGUCAAGAUGGUAAUAUUUGCCCUGUAAAAAGUGAUGGCCUUAAAAGGGGCUUGCAUAGCAUGGAGUCAUCUGAUUAUCAAAUGGCUGAAACAAUAACAGCAGGUGAUUCAAGGGAAAUUGAUGAAGAAGUAGCAAAGGAGUGGGAGCACACCCUUCUGCAAAAUACUAUGGACAAAGAGCUAAAUGAAUUAAAUAAGCGUUUAGAAGAGAAAGAGUCAGAGAUGAAACGCUUUGGAGAUUUUGACACUGUGGCACUCAAGCAACACUUUGGAAAGAAAAUCGUGGAACUGGAGGAUGAGAAAAAAGCAGUGCAGCAAGAAAGGGAUCGUUUGUUUGCUGAAGUUGAAAACCUUGCUGCUAGUUCUGAUGGGCAAACACAGAAGUUGCAAGAUAUCCAUGCCCAGAAAUUGAAAACACUUGAGGCUCAGAUUUUGGAUCUUAAGAAGAAACAGGAGAGCCAGGUUCAACUUUUAAAGCAAAAGCAAAAAAGUGAUGAAGCAGCAAAGCGAUUGCAAGAAGAAAUUCAAUUUAUAAAGGCACAAAAGGUUCAAUUGCAACAUAAGAUAAAACAAGAGGCGGAACAAUUCCGGCAGUGGAAGGCCUCUCGAGAGAAGGAGCUACUGCAGUUACGGAAGGAGGGAAGAAGAAAUGAAUAUGAAAGGCAUAAACUUCAAGCUUUGAAUCAGCGCCAGAAAAUGGUUCUUCAAAGAAAGACAGAAGAGGCUGCAAUGGCCACCAAGAGGCUAAAAGAAUUACUAGAAGCUCGAAAGUCUUCUGCCCGUGACAGCUCAGUUAUUGCCAAUGGAAAUGGAAAUGGAACAAAUGGGCAGAGCAAUGAGAAAGCCUUGCAACGUUGGCUUGAUCAUGAGCUAGAAGUCAUGGUGAAUGUGCAUGAAGUUCGUUAUGAGUAUGAGAAGCAAAGUCAAGUGCGAGCUGCACUGGCAGAAGAGUUGGCCAUGCUUAGGCAAGUGGAUGAGUUUGCUUCAAAAGGCCUUAGUCCUCCAAGAGGAAAGAAUGGAUUUGCUAGAGCAUCCUCCAUGUCACCAAAUGCAAGAAUGGCCAGAAUAUCUUCACUUGAGAACAUGCUUAGUAUGUCCUCAAAUUCACUUGUAGCUAUGGCCUCACAACUUUCAGAGGCAGAAGAGCGGGAGCGUGCCUUCACUAACCGUGGACGUUGGAACCAGCUGCGCUCAAUGGGAGAUGCAAAGAACCUCCUUCAAUACAUGUUCAUUUCUCUUGCAGAUGAUAGGUGCCAAUUGUGGGAGAAGGAUAUGGAAAUCAAGGAAAUGAAAGAGCAACUUACAGAACUAGUAGGACUAUUGCGGCAGAGUGAGACUAGAAGAAAGGAAGUUGAGAAGGAGCUAAAAUUGAGAGAGCAAGCUGUUGCAAUUGCGUUGGCUACGUCGGCUUCGGUUAACUCACAGAAUUCAUUGAAACACUUCUCUGAUGACAUGAGUGGUCCCUUAUCUCCAAUGUCUGUGCCAGCACAGAAACAGCUCAAAUAUACACCAGGCAUUGCUAAUGGCUCCGUCAGAGAAUCAGUGGCAUUUAGAGAUCAGACACGAAAGAUGGUACCAUUAGGGCAGUUAUCAAUGAAAAAGUUGGCAGUUGUGGGACAUGCUGGGAAGCUCUGGAAGUGGAAGAGAAGUCAUCACCAGUGGCUAUUACAAUUUAAAUGGAAGUGGCAGAAGCCAUGGAGACUUUCUGAAUGGAUUAGACACAGUGACGAAACAAUCAUGAGAAGGCCUCGUCCCCAAGCGCUGCCAGAUAUGAUUUAAUGCUCUAAGCUCACUAGGUUUUGGUUGCCAAUAUUCAUCUUUGACCUGAAACUACAAUCCAACACAUAUCACGGGUAGAGGAAAAAAAUAAGUGCAGUGUGCUUUAAGUGGUUGUCGAGGAUAUGUGCUUGUAGCAGUCUUCGAUGAGUUGAUUUUGAAAAAGUUUAGUCUGUGAUCUUGAAUUCUUUUGCGGUGGUUGCUGCAUUCGGAGCAUCUUGUAAAGUUUUGUUGAUGCUGCCAGUAAUACAAGAUAAUUAGAAGAAGACGCUGAAAGAUGGUGGUGAUGCGUUGGUGAAGGGGUAUCUUGCUCGAGGUAUCUGCCAAUUUUUGGCAUAUUUUCUCUCCAUAAUCAUAGUUCAAAAGACGAAAUUCUUUGAUCAAGUCGUAUAAAUGUGUAUAAAGGGUUUUAUUUCUGUUCUCUCUUCUUUUUUUUUUUUUUUAAAUUGUAAUUUUGACUGGCCAAUAUGUUUUAGUGCUUAACUGUUUAUUGUGUGUAAGCAAUAGUGAUAUUGUUGAAAGAAAUGAACUCCUUAGGGUUUCUGCCGUAUGACAAAGAAAUUCUUUAUAGAGAUUAUAUUUUCCCA